ACCGCCCUUGGGUUGGACUGAGUGACAAACCCGCAGAGGAGCAGUAAGUGGAGGUCCGCGGCUGCUUUUUGGAGACUUUCCCUCGGUGAGCUGUGCUUCUCCUCAGGUGUCCCUCAGAACCAGGACCAGAACCAGGACCGGCCUGGCUGCAGCUCGCUGCUCGCUGUUCCACAACAAGCGUUAGCCAUCAUGGCGCUGCCUUUCAAAAAGGAUCUGGGCAAAUACAAGGACAUCGAUGAAGAUGAGAUCCUGGGGAAGCUGUCGGCGGAGGACCUCAAACAGCUGGAGAUGGCCCUGGAGGAGAUGGACCCUGAGAAUGCACUUCUUCCAGCUGGUUUACGACAGAAAGACCAGACCUCAAAGGGAGCCACCGGACCCUUUGACCGGGACCGCCUGCUGAAGUAUCUGGAGAAAGAAGCCAUGGAUUAUAAAGACCGAGAGGACAUCGUGCCCUUCACCGGAGAGAAGAAAGGUAAAGUUUUCACCCCGAAGCAGCAGCCAAUAGAAACGCGUCAGGAGGAGGUCACAAAGCUGGACCCGGAGCUGGAGGAGGCUCUCUGCAGCGCCACAGACACAGAGCUGUGYGACCUCGCAGCCAUCCUGGGCGUGCAUACUCUGGUCACCAGUAACCAGACGUACGAUGGAAGUAAAGAGGGUUACAACAAUGUGAUCAAAGGUGAGAAGAUGAACCCGGUGUUYGAUGAGCCUCCCAACCCCACCAACGUAGAAGAAACUCUGCAGAGGAUAAAAUCCAACGACGCCUCCUUGACGGACGUCAACCUCAACAACAUCAAGAACAUUCCCAUCCCCACGCUGAAGGACCUGGCCAAAGCCAUGGAGAAGAACACGCACGUCAAGAAGCUCAGCCUGGCAGCAACACGGAGCAACGACCCGGUUGCUGUGGCCUUCAGCGACAUGCUGCGAGAGAACAAGACGCUGAGGAGUCUAAACCUGGAGUCCAACUUCAUCACCGGGGCAGGUGUCCAGGCUUUGGUUGAGGCGCUGCGCGACAACGACACACUCACAGAGAUCAAGAUCGACAACCAGGUGGAACAGCCAAUCACUGCUGAGAAAUGAGUUUUAAACACAGGUGUCAACAGGAAGUGUAUAAGAUGCUAAAAUAAAACAUAAGACUGGUAAAAACCAAACGAGCACUGGUCAACAUGAACAUCCUCAACAAUAAAUGUUUAUACAUCA